UCAAUUCCAAGAAAAAUGAGUUUCCUCUCUCUCAUCUUCUCUGCCAUCAUUCUCACCACUUUCUGUUGCAGUUCUUUGAUUGUUGCUCAGCAGCCUUAUGAGGGCCAGGCGUUUACAGAUUGUUACAACACAAACACUUACUCAAAAUCUGUUCUUGGGUACAGCUGCAAUGGAGUGAACAAAAGUUGCCAAACUUACCUCACAUUCAGAUCCCAGCCUCCUUACAACAGUGUUUCUGCAAUCUCUGCUAUGUUGGCUUCUGACCCGUCUCAGAUUGCGGAGAUAAAUUCGGUUUCCGAGACUGCAACAUUUGAAACGAACAAGUUGGUGAUUGUUCCAAUCACAUGCUCCUGCUCAGGUGAUUUCUAUCAGCUAAACACAUCUCAUGUUGUUGUGCACGGUGAUACGUAUUUUGUAAUUGCAAAUAACACUUUGCAAGGCCUCUCAACAUGUCAAGCUAUGAUGAACCAGAAUACUAAUCUCACUACAAAAGAGUUGUAUUCUGGUACUAGACUUAGUGUUCCUCUUAGAUGUGCUUGUCCCACAAAGAACCAAACCGAUGUGGGGACCAAGUAUCUUUUGUCUUACAUAAUCGCUCAAGGGGAUUAUGUUUCAAAGAUUAGUGCUAGAUUUGAUUCGGAUACCGGAAGAACUCUUGAAGCUAAUGGGCUUUCUGAGCAAGUCUCUACCAUUUAUCCCUUCACCACACUUUUAGUUCCUUUGCAAAACCCUCCAUCUAGUUCUCAGACCAUAGAGCCACCCUCAUCAUCACCAUCACCUCCGGCGCCACCUUCAACUUCCUCUAAUAACUCAACGAAAAAAUGGGUUUAUGCCUUUGUUGGGGCUCUUGGAGGAGGUGCUUUUGUGUUGGUCAUAGGCAUCAUUAUCUUCUGCACAUUCUUUCGCAGAAGCAGAGGUACGAAGGGUGUCAAUUCAAUUAUUGUCUCGGAGAGCUUUGAGGCACUUGAGAAACCACUAGAGAAAAAGGAGGAAAAAGGAUCUCAGGACUUCUUAGAGGCUCUAUCUGGCAUAGUUCAAUCCCUCAAAGUUUACAAAUUUGAGGAACUGCAACGCGCAACAGAUGACUUUAACUCCACUUAUUUGAUUAAGGGGUCUGUGUAUCGUGGAAACUUCAAUGGGGAUUUGGCAGCCAUCAAAAAAAUGAAUGGAGAUGUGUCCACAGAGAUAAAUUUACUAAACAAAACCAGCCAUUCUAAUCUCAUUUGCCUGUCAGGAGUUUGCUUUCAUGAUGGACAUUGGUAUCUUAUCUAUGAGUAUGCUGUCAAUGGACCCUUGAGUGAUUGGAUCUAUUACAGCAACAAUGAGGGGAAAUUUCUGAAUUGGACACAAAGAAUACAGAUUCUGUUGGAUGUGGCCUCAGGGCUUAAUUAUCUCCACAGCUUCACCACUCCUCCCCAUGUCCACAAGGAUAUAAAGAGCAGUAACAUUCUUCUUGACAGUGACUUCAGAGGCAAGAUUGCAAGCCUAGGUCUAGCAAGGUCAACUGAAGCGCCGGAAGGUGAGGUUCCUUUGACAAAUCACAUUGUUGGAACAAUAGGAUACAUGGCUCCUGAGUACAUGGAGAAUGGUUUGAUCUCCACAAAGCUUGAUGUCUAUGCAUUUGGGGCUCUCAUGCUAGAAAUACUCACCGGAAAAGAGGUUGCUGUGCUUUAUGAGGAAAAUAGACAAUUGUCUGAUGUAUUAAACUCUGUGCUGAACGACGAAGAUGGCCAUCAGAGUUUGAGGCACUUCAUUGAUCCUUCUAUGCAAUGGAGUUAUCCUCCAGAACUUGCUCUUUUUGUGAUCAGAUUGAUCCAUGGUUGCUUAAAUAAAAACCCCGCAGCUCGCCCGGCAAUGGAGGAGAUGGUACAGUUUCUCUCAAGAACUAUGAGCAAUUCACUCAGUUGGGAAUUGUCAAGCAACAUCUCAGGCGACCAAGGUACAGAGGGAUUUCUUGAUGGUAGAGAAACUAGGACAGGAUCUCAAUCAACUACUUAGUUUAGUCAACUUAGAUUGUAUUGUAAUUUACUGUUAGUUUUGUUCUUUUAGAAAUACGGCAGUUAAGAUUCGUCCGAUACUUCUUGUUCCUCGUUAUUCUAAAGAAAUAAGGUAAUUUGUUGCA